CUUGAAUUCAUGGUUCUUGUCUGAUAAAAAAAAAACUAAUUUCGGCAAGAAGAAAAGGGUGUUGCUUUAAUUAUAUCCAGCUAAUAUAUAAUGGUUAUAGAAUUUUUAGCAUUUAUGUACAGUAGUAUAUACAUUUUUUGUUAUUCUUAUUGAUUUUGUUAUUCCGUCGAAUCUAGUACCAGUUCGUAUUUCUGCUACUACGCUUCAAAUGCAAUUGAUGGAAUGGUAUUAGUUUAUUUGUGAGAUAUUUUUGUCAUAUUAAACAUUGUUCGUUACUCACUCUAUGGCGUUUUGUAGAGACUGUUGAGUUUCCUAGAUUGCUUCACGAACUUAUCAAAGUUAGACAUCCAUCGGAAAUCUGGGGGCGUUGAUCAACUGUUUCGUCCCACUAUGGGACUCCUCGGUAGCGCGCCUCUAUAACCCCAUCGGAAGUUAAACCCAAACCUUUGAGUCUCUCGGUGAUUGACUGGUCUUUAAACCACUGAAACGCGAGACCUGAAGACGAUGAGCUUAAUCUUCGAUGACGUCGCAGACGUACACCACUGAGAAGCUCCACAAUAGGACGAAACCGCUAUCCAGUGUUUCUUGGUUUUCAAUAGAUGUUUAGUUUGUGGCUACAUUCAUUAGUUUCAUUAUUAAGGUUUCGUAUGCUUUUGUCAAACCACAGGUUUUUAAAUUUUUGUAUAUCAAAAAAAUAUUUAGAUACCCAUAUAAAACAUAAUGAAUACUCGACUCAUACCAGAUGAAACUAUAUCAGCUUUACCUGGAGAAAGUGGAAGUAUUGCUGAAGUAAUUGGACCCGUUGAAGGAUUAGCACAACCAUCCUCAGGAGAAACGGUAGAUCGGCGUAAUGCAAUCGCUUUAACUGCAGCUUUCAAUUUCACUGGUACAACACCAUCAGCUAAUGGCGCAACCAUGCAAGAAUACUUUGUACAAACAGUGGUUUCAUCUCCUAUUCAACAUGAAUUAUUAUUGAAUCGAUUGCAUGGUUUGUGCCGUGAAUGGACAGAUUUCUGUGAUCAAGAAACUAUAUUCGAAAUAGGAAGUGAUAAUCGAACUGAUACAAAUAACCUUAUAGGUAUGAACAGAUCAUCUGGAAAUACAUCUGCUGCCGUUGGCGUCUUAGCUGCCACUGCAUCAGGUAGUGCAACUGUCACUAUACGUGUUCGUCGAAGUCUUUUAAGUAGAGUAAAUAAACCUGGUCGAGAAUUUUCUGUUCUACGAUAUUUAGGAGCCAUAGAAACUGAUAAAAUAAUUUUACGACGUAGUUGUCUUGAAAUGCCGGUUACUGGACCAAUCGUUAGUUUUCUAUAUGAUUUGGGAUUUGACUAUGAAUCUACGUUUGUUGCUGAAGGUCAAGAAUUUAUUCGUGGACGUGUGAAAGUUUUAGUUUAUACAGUUAAUGAAAUAACCAGCUUUCAAAGUAUUGCAACUUCAAACGCUAUGGGAUUUGGUUUUGAUGGACAGGGAUUAGCACCCAAAGAUUGGCGACGUUUAUGUUCUCGUAGUUGGAUGGUAGAGAUCAGUGUAGUUGGCAGUCCUGCUGAUGAUCAUUUACAAGAAGAAAUUGCAGAUUUUGUUGAACUACUUCAUCCAAUUAUUGUACCAACAAAACUUGAUAGCAAUUUGUUUACUCGUAAAUGUUGAUAAUUUCGUGUGCUUUUCUUUUAUCUAUUUUUAUCGGGUUUUGUAUAAAUCGUUCAUAUUCUUUUUUUAAAAAUUGUAUUCAUGUAUGUAAAAAUACAGAGUUCAUUGAUAUGUACAAAAA